AUGCCACCCAAACGCAAGUCCGCCGACUCGCCUGCGUCACUGGCCUUGAAGUCACCCAAAGACAAAAAGGUCAAGGCUACCUCUUCUGCGGCUCAGGAAGACCUUGUAAAACCGACGUCGACAACUGUUACACCAGUCAUGACGAAGCCAUCGAGAGGGAGGAGAAGUGGUGGCAAAGCAACUCGUCCCAAGGCAGCAGGGUUCUACCAGAGUGGCUCUGGAAACAACGCUGUUCCUCCAUUUCAGAACAACCUCAACAAGCUCUUUGACCAUUAUCGUGACAAUCCCACGGAGUCCCCAGACACGAUCGGUAUCGAGGGGGCUCAGAAGUAUUUGACCGAUCUCGGAGUGGAACUGGACGAAGUCGCUCACCUGGGCAUCUGUGAACUGUUACAGUGUCCCUCCAUCGGCGAGUUCGAGCGCGAGUCUUUCGUUUCCGGGUGGCGAAGCGUUUGCACGAUCGAGAAAGCAUACGAUACAGCAGCGCGGCAGGCACAAUAUGUCGAUGUGAUCCGCAAGAAACUGGCGAACAACCCGCUAUAUUUUAAACAAGUCUACCGCAAUGCAUUCAAGCUCGCCAAACCCGAAGGUCAACGGAGUGUGCCCAUGGACUCUGCCAUCGACUUCUGGAACAUGUUCUUUCGACAGGGCAAAGGUGGGAUCGAGUGGAAUAGUCCUUCGACCCAGUGGCUGGACCUGUGGUGUGAGUUCUACGAGUCUGAAAGCAAGAGACCAGUGACUAAGGAUCUGUGGAACAUGGUUUGCGAAUUGGUCAUGAAGACUAAAGAGCCUGAUGGGGAGUCUCUGAGUUGGUGGAAGGAAGAUGGCGCUUGGCCCAUGGCGAUCGACGAAUUUGUCAAGUCGAUAAAGGAGAAGAGGAAGGGCAGUGGUGACAAUAUGGACACCAGCUGA